GGGAAGAUGGCGGCCGCGAAGAAGAGCGUUCUUUCUUCGUUGGCUGUUUAUGCGGAGGAUUCGGAGCCAGAAUCGGACAGUGAAGCCGGAGGGGCAGGCAGCGAGCGAGGAGCAGUCUCGGAAGAGAAAGGAGGCCUGGUGUCUGAAGGUUAUGGAGAAGAUGAUUUCAGUAAGCUGGACGGAGAGGAGGAUGGUUAUGAUGAAGAUGAUGAUGAAAACAGUAAGCAGUCGGAAGAUGACGAUUCAGAGACUGAAAAACCUGAGGCUGAUGACCUAAAGGACUUUUUAGAAGUGGAGAAAAGAGAUCCUCAGGAACUAGUUGCCUCCUUCUCUGAGCGAGUGCGAAACAUGUCUCCCGAUGAAAUCAAAAUCCCUCCAGAACCCCCAGGAAGAUGUUCCAACCACUUACAGGACAAGAUUCAGAAACUGUAUGAGAGGAAGAUAAAAGAAGGCAUGGACAUGAACUAUAUCAUCCAGAGGAAGAAAGAGUUUCGUAACCCCAGUAUCUAUGAGAAGCUGAUCCAGUUUUGUGCAAUUGAUGAGCUUGGCACAAAUUAUCCCAAGGACAUGUUUGAUCCACAUGGGUGGUCUGAGGAUUCCUAUUACGAGGCACUAGCAAAAGCACAGAAAAUUGAAAUGGACAAGUUGGAAAAGGCCAAGAAGGAGCGAACUAAGAUUGAGUUUGUGACUGGUACUAAGAAGGGAACAACAAAUGCUCCAUCUACAACAACAACAACAGCCAGCACUGCAGGUGGAGAUGCACAGAAGAGGAAAAGCAAGUGGGAUUCCGCCAUUCCCGUGACGACAAUCUCUCAGCCCACUAUUCUGACUACCACGGCAACGCUGCCAGCUGUCGUCACGGUGACCACGAGCGCAAGCGGCUCCAAAACCACUGUGAUCUCUGCAGUUGGCACCAUUGUGAAAAAGGCGAAGCAGUGACA